CCUCAGGAGUCUGCGUAAACCCGCGCAUGCGCAAAAGGUCACGAUUUGGCAGCUGUAUUUCCUGCUUGCUGUUUUCACUCGAAGCGAUGGCAGAAGUGAAAGCUUCCCUGAUUUGUGGAGUUGUAGCGGCUUUCCUAAGUUCAGCGGUACUUGCAUUUGUUGAAGAUCUAGAUGACACAUUUAAAGACACCAGAGUGAACGAUAUCUGGCUGGUUGAUUUCUAUGCACCAUGGUGCGGCUACUGUAAAAAACUAGAGCCAGUAUGGCAUGAUGUGGGAGUCGAGCUGAAGACCUCCGGGUCGCCUGUCCGUGUGGGAAAGAUGGAUGCCACUGCUUACUCUGGAAUGGCAUCAGAGUUUGGUGUUCGUGGUUACCCCACAAUAAAACUGUUAAAGGGUGAUCUUGCCUAUAAUUACAAGGGACCAAGGACAAAAGAUGAUAUUGUAGAGUUUGCCAACAGGGUGGCAGGACCGGCAGUCCGGGCACUUCCCAGCAAGCAGAUGUUCGAGCACAUGAUGAAACGACAUGACGUGCUUUUUGUGUAUGUCGGUGGGGAUUCUCCUCUCAAAGAGAAGUACAACGACGUAGCCUCUGAGCUCAUUGUCUACACUUAUUUCUUUUCGGCUUCAGAGGAAGUCUUUCCAGAGUCAGUAACUUUGCCAGAGCUUCCUGCGGUUGUAGUCUUUAAGGACGGAGCCUACUUUACCUAUGAUGAGUAUGAAGAUGCUAGUUUGUCAUCAUGGGUGAACAAGGAGCGCUUCCAAGGAUAUCUUCAGAUUGAUGGCUUUACACUAUAUGAGCUUGGAGAAACAGGCAAAUUGGUGGCGAUUGCAGUCAUCGAUGAGAAGGGCCCCACAGAGGAGAGUGGCAGAUUAAAGACCCUGAUUCAGAGGGUGGCAAAGGAAUACAGAGAACAUUUUAACAGAGACUUCCAGUUUGGCCACAUGGAUGGGAAUGACUACAUUAACAGCCUCAUUAUGGGCGAGGUGACAGUGCCCUCUGUUAUCAUCCUCAACACAUCCAACGAGCAGUACUUCCUGCCCAGUGAGCCGAUUGAGUCCAUGGAGCAGCUGGUCCAAUUCAUCAACAGUGUUUUGAACGGUUCUGCACAGGCGUAUGGAGGUGAUGGCGUCAUUCAGAGGAUCAAGCGUGUGGCCUUUGAUGCCAGAUCCACCAUUAUGUCAGUGUUUCGCAGCUCUCCACUGCUGGGCUGCUUCCUGUUCGGCCUACCGCUGGGUGUAAUUAGCCUGAUGUGCUAUGGCAUCUGCACAGCUGAGUCGGAUGACGGUUUGGAUGACAUCGAUGCGCUCAAGAGGGAGGGCCUGACUGACGAGGAGGAGGAGGAGGAGGAGGAGGAGGAGGAGAGGCGGCAAGGCGCCGCUGAGCUGGAGGGCCCCGAAGAGGGCGAGAACGAGGAAGAUGAUGCUGGAGACAAGGAUCCCGAAGAGAAGAAAACCGAUUAACACAGGGGCUCCCAUCGGAUAGAGGAUGAUAGGCCUAGUCAAAUGCAGUGAUAUGAAACUCAAAGACAUAUCAAUGUGUUACUGUUCAGCUUCUUUGUCUUUCAUAUCACUUCCCAUCAAAGCCCCUCUAGCACAGACUGUUCUCCCAUCUUUGAGUUCUGUGUGUCAGUGUAUAAGGUCAGGUACUCUAUUAUUAUUAUUAUUAUUAAUAAUAAUAAUGAUAAUAAUAAUAAUAAUAAUAAUUUUCAACAGAAAAAGCGAUGGUUGUGAACCAAACAUACCACUUAUUUAUUAUGAUUCAACCAACCAGUGGUUUAUUCCAUGUGAUGUGUGACCCUUUCUCUGACAUUGUUAGGUUGUUGUUUUGUAACCACUUAAAGCCCCUUAUUAUAUAUAUUUUUUGUUCUGUUCCAAUCUCUUCUAUAUUUUCUUUUUGAUUCCAGUUUGCUAUGAUAACCUAGAAUAGUAGAUGUUGUAGCUAGUAGAUCAAUCUUGCCUUCAAACUGAAUACAACAUACAUACACAGACAUUUUGUUCACCUCUUCUUCCAACCCAAAGUGUAGGCUUAUCAUGUACAGUGAUUGAUGAGAAUAGAAAGCAAAGGAAGUGCCCAAGAAGGAAAAUCUGCCAUAAAUGAAUUGUGCUUUUUCUAUUUUAUGUUAUUGCCUGAAAAUAUUUUUUCUUCUUCUAGGGAUGCAAAGUGCCGAGCAGUUCAACUUAUUUCUCAUGCCAGCCACCUGUUAGUGUUCAUUUAUGAAGAGAGUUGAUAUCAGUCAGUACAGUCUACUGUAAUAUAGCAAAUGCACUUUUAAAAAAAACAAACUCAUUUCAACCCAACAUAUCCAACCUGCUAAAAAUACCUAGUAUAGAUGCGUUGUACCUGUAAAGCAGACACCCAUAACAUGCAUCAGUAGUUCCUGCGGCUUUUAACAUCUUAUAUUCCUCAGAUAGACCGGCUCUGUCUGUCUCCGUACUUCAAUCUGUCCUCCAUCACUGGUUGCUAUAUUGAAUUCAGUAGGCAGGUUAAAGUUUACAUCCCGAUGCACUGAGAAGUACACUGAGCGUACAAAAUAUUAGGACCAUCUUCCUACCAUGUAGUUUAACCCCUUUUUUUGUUAUAACCCACUAUUGUCAGUUUUCUCAAGGCAAAUAAAUCCAUCUCUAUCCUAUUUUCAUACACUUGUGACUAAAGUAUGUGAAAGCUGAAAUCAAGUAGGGGUUAUGGCUUCUCCUUGGAUUUGGGUGGCCAGCCUAAUUCAUGAAAAGAGCAAAAUCUGCUACACCCACUUUAAUACCAUUUUUAUGAAAAAUGCACAGCAGAGUGCACCUUGUUGGAUUUGGGGCCCAGUGGUGCCUCUCAUGUUGGCAUGUUAAAGCACCUGAAAACAUCACAUAUCUUCAGUAUCUAUGAAAUUAAAUAUUUGCCACUAAAGAAGGAAAAAAUAAUGGUAAAAGUGUUUUUAAAAAACAUGUAGUUAAGACUUAAAAACUCAGGGUGUUAUUUGAUUUACAGUGGUGUUUCCAUGGCAACAAAAGUUAAUUUCCCAACAACUGUCGUUAGUCAGUUCAGGGGCUUUAUUGGCAUGGGAAACAGAGUUAACAUUGCCAAAGCAAGUGUGAAAUAAAAAAAACAUACAUAAACUGAAGAAAUGUGCUAUUAAAAUAUAUACAGAUAUGUACAAUAAGAUAAUAAUAAUAAUAAUAAUAAUAAUAAAUUCUUACUUCUCACCUUUUUUUUUUCCAAUCCUCUAACGCUCACAGUUUUUGUAUGGAUUAAACAAACAAGAUAUAACGUGUUUAUUUGUGAGCUUUAGAGGUGCUGUUAGGCAGUUUUUCCCCUUUUGGGCAGAGCCAGGCUAGCUGUUUCCCCCUGCUUCCAGUCUUUAUGCUAAGCUAAGCUAAUCAGACAUGAGAGAGGAUCGAUGCCAAUCUUCUCAUCUAACUCGGCAAGAAAGUGGAAAAAAAAUAAGUGUACUUCCCAAAAUGUCAACUAUUCCUUUAGAGGGGUACACUGGAUGAUUAUUUGCUCUGCAUCUGUUUUACAUUCAUCUGAAACAUUCAUGGAUUAUAUUUAACACACAGAGCUGCAAAGCAAUUAUAGGUUUGAAAUGAGCAAUGAAAGCUUCUAUAACAGGCUUUCUCUCAAGGGAACUUUAACACACGGUAAUGAAUGAGCAUUAAGUUCAUUCUUGACCUUGGGAACAGUAGUAUGUCAAAGUAAUCCUAACUCUAGGUCUACAACCUGACUUUCUUGACCUUUAUAACUCCAUGACAACUGAGCAAACUACAAAGCUAUUAAGUGGACCUUGAAUUAAGAUAGAUAUCUUAUAUUUGCAAAUGUUAUUGAAUGUUUUGAGCUGUUAAUGCUAUUAAUGUGUAAAGGCAAUUCUCAAUCCUUACCCCCAUUCUGUAACCCCUUUUAUAAAGUGUAGCUGAGUAAUAUGAUGGCUACAGGAUUUGUUAUUCAUUGUUGCUCAUUUCAUCGUGCUUUUGUAGCUCAGUAAAUCUUGUAACUUGAUAAACUUAGGCACCUCAACAUAAGCACACCUGUUGUUUUUAAUAUACAGAGGUUAUCUGUAUUAUUACUGUGAAACUGCACUAAAGGAAACCAUGCCCUCGCCUUGCCUUCUGGUCUUUGUAGUUGCCUACCAUUCUCUGCCAAACUUCCUCUUUGGGUUUGAAUUGAGAUUGUCACACUUUAUUACAGGUUUGAAAAAUUUAAAUAAAGAUUGUCCUCUUUU